GAUUUCUAGGAAUCCUCACAUUUCGUUCAAAAUGGUGCCUGGAAACUGGUGCUUUAUAUUGUAUUCAAGCCAUGGUAUCCCUUCUAAGAAAGCUAUCGCCCUUCCCUAAAUGUGCGUUCUUAUCUUUGAUAAGUGGUGGUUUAUUUUUGCUUUGGAAUCAGAUGGAAUCGCAUGGAUACACAACUGCAAGAAAUUCUGCUUUUGAAGUCCUGGGGAAUAGUGGCCGAUGGGGGCCUCGGUCAAAUAUGCCAACCAACUCUAGGCAGUUAUGCAGUAGAAUUCUUUGGUCUUAGAUCUUGUAGUCAAGUUACAUGGUCACACGCUGUCAAUAGUAGGGAGAGGCUGCAGGCUGCAGUGACACCCACAUCAUCAACAAUGAUGCUCGAAGCAGAUGUCAUCCUCUCUUAUAGCAAGGGAAUACCAGUUAUGGCACAUCCACCAUCUACAGAUAGCAACCUUACCUUAGAGGAGUUCUUGCAGAUAUCUCUUGGAGCAAGAAGAGGGGUAAAGUUAGAUUUUAAAACACUUGAGGCAGUUAAACCUUCCCUGGACAUACUAGCUUCAAAAUCUCAACAUUUUAUUGAUGUUCCAGUUUUUCUUAAUGCUGAUAUACUAUCCCCUUCUUGUGUUAACAAAACUGCUGUUGAUGCUAAAAAGUUCAUUCAGUACUGUACAGAACUCUUCCCAAGAGGAGAGCUAUCUCUAGGUUGGGUUUCUCAUAGCUCACCAGAGAGUCAUGCAAGGGAGUGUCACAGAAAUGGACACUUACAAUGGGAAACUGUCCAUGAAAUGGCAAGCUUAUGUAAGCCACUUAAACAGUCUGUUACUUUCCCUGUGAAUGUCAGAGUAGCAUACCAAAACCUUGAACAGGUAAAGUGGCUACUUCAUCAGUCUACAAGGUACUCAUUGACUUUAUGGGUUUAUUAUCAGGACAAUGUGCCCCUGAAAGAUCUUGUCUACCUUUAUAAGGAUUUGAUUAAUGAAAAGGUGUAUUACGAUCUUGCCCAUCUGGAAGACAAACUCAAUGAGGAGCUUCCCGAGAAUAUAAGAUUUAGGCAAUCAGGCAAGAGGAAUGAUUCUGAUUAGAAACACUAGAAAAAUAAUGAAGAUGAGGGGAAGGCAAUUAGAGUUUGUUUGAGAUUUUCUGUUUGCUCAGGCCAUUUUUGUGUACUGUCAAUUUUGUGUUGAUUUGACUUAAAAACCUGAUGCUGCUCAACCAGAUUUUUGCCUGAUUGAUCCUUGCAAACCAAAGAAGCCUGACAAAUAAAUUGUAGUCUGCUUAGCAGCCGCCCUUAGUGUCAUGCACGACAGAGCAAAAAAAUGGCAUGAAAUUUUCCAAUUCUCGAGGAGUUUCUCUAACCAAAACUUAAUUCCAAAUUUUAAAGAAAUUUAGAAGAUAUGAAAUUUAGAUAUUAGUGAGCAAAGUUGGCUUAAUUUCUGAUCAGAGCCCAACUUCUCCCUAAAAACGAGGGGAAUUCAUACUUUGAACAUUAGAAAAUUGUACUUCAAGCCUCAUAUCUCGAAGACGAACCAUUAGAAAAAAACACUUUUUGAUAUGUUGGUUUACAUAACGUCUUUUUUGCCUUUUUUUGCCCUGUCGUAUUGCACUUCUUGUAGCUUGUUAAUUCUCUGGGCCCGCGGUUUUAGGGACACUCUCUAUGAAAGUAGACGGGGUGAUCAGCCUAUCUUUUAGGGUAUAAAAUUCUACCAACUGCUAUCCCUCAGGCUGUGUGUUCAAAGAUACUUCCGACUCAGCUAUCCCUUAGAGGGUCUCAUGCCAAUGUAACAUCCUAUCCAAUAACAACAGGAUUUAAAGACUAAAUGACAGCACAUCAUAUAUCCAAAGCAAAAUCAUAGCAUCAUUGGAUCAGUGUACAUAUGCUUGUUGAGAAAAUGAAUUUUAACCCUAAGGGAGAGGAAAAUGGGUAUGGUUUCUGGAUUUUUUUUAACCCUAAGGGAUAGCAGAUAAAGCAGACAAUCAGCAAAUUGAUGUUUGUUUUAGUUGACAGUUUUAAGAAGAAAGUCUAACAAACUGUAACAGGAAGUGUGAUUUGUAUGUUUUGUGGUCGGGUCCUCUGGUAGACACCCCAAGGGUGUUCAAAGAUACUUCCGACUCAGCUAUCCCUUAGAGGGUCUCAUGCCAAUGUAUCAUCCUAUCCAAUAACAACAGGAUUUCAAGACUAAAUGACAGCACAUCAUAUAUCAAAAGCAA